UUUUAGAAUUAGAAGCAGAGAGAAGAAAACGAUAAUUCACGGGAAUCGGAAAAAUGGUGGCCAUAUCGCUGUACAGAGGAACCCUUCACAGAGUCCCCGACGUCGCUCGUCGAUGGCUUAUGCCAACCCCUAAAAUCUCCCUCAGAGAUUUCAGAUCCCUCCUACACCGUCGCUCCAAAGCCCUCUCUCGCCUCCACUCCCCCACCGCCACCUCCUCUAACCCUAACCCUAGCUCCUAUUCGAACCAACAAAAUGGAGCCCCGAAAGAGAACCCGUCAUUUUUCGAGCCUAAAUUGGAAGCGGAGAAGCUCGGUGAUUGCGGAGAAGGGCCGUCGGGUGAGGAAAAAGAUCAGAGAGGAUCGGACGGCGGAGGUGAUUGCCCGAUGAAAUUGGUUGAUGCUUCCGAUCCGUUGCCCGAGAAAGCUUCUGGUGCGAUUGAUGGCGUUGCCGAUGAGCAAGCUUUGCCGGUCGAAACAAAACCGGCUGACCUGGCAAACCUUAAUUCGGAGGUAAGCAACAAAGUUGAUGUGUUAAAUGGUAGAGAGAAGAGGAAAAGGGAAGUUGAGGAUAAGUUGCAAACUUUGAAUGCAAAGAAACAUAAUCUAGUACAAGCGCUGAAGCAGAUCUUGAAUGCAGAGGAGGAAUUAAAAAGGCGAAAUAGUAUGCAAGGAAUGGCAAUUCGCCCAUCUGUUCCACUUCAAGUGGAUACCACAAAUGAUACUGGAUCAUUGACUAGGCAUGUUACUCCUAGGACAGGCUCGGAGGCAAACCUUGGUGGUGAUAUGGAAGGGGGAGAAGCUGAUGAUCCUUUAAACCAUAACAUUCAUUCUCGCCAUAUGCUUCGGACGAGCAGUAUGUCACCAUCUUCAGAGUCUCCACUUAGAAGGCCUGCCUAUAAUCAACACAACAUGGUUUCACACCCCUCGCGAGCAACUAUUGGGGUUACCGGUAGUCCAUCACGGUUUGCUCUCGCAGGGCACCAGGGGAAUCCUGCAAACCUGCCCACGUUAUCUGUAUCAGGAACAAAUUAUGUUGUAUCCUCUCCUUCUCCCGCAGCAUCUGGUGGUACAUCUGCCUUUAGAGAUACUCGGCUGCCUAGUCCGUGGAAUUAGAAAUGCUAUCAUCAUUCUUAAUGUUUUAUCAGGCUCUGUUUUCUGUUCCUGCCAAGGUAUGUAAUCAUCUGAUCGAGCAAUGCUACAAUGAGUUGAGCACCUCUUUGUGUUGAUUACCCUGAGCCACUGAUGUAGUCUCUGAUCACAAAUAUAUAAAUCUUGGUUUAUUUGCCAUGUCA